GCAGCAAUAAAACAACAACAACGAGCGUGGUGUGGGGGAAACUACUCCCCAAAAACAAGACCAAACCGAAAGAAAUGGCCCAAUUCGAGAAGGAAAUUGUGCAGGCGGUGCUGAUAGCCGACAACAAUGUGUGGAACUUCAAGCCCCUCUCCGACGAGGGCUCCACGGCUCUGCUGCCCCUGGUUAAUGUAAGGAUGCUGGACUACGCACUCAUCGCCCUCAAUCGCAGCGGGGUGGAGGAGGUGUUUGUGUACGCCAGCCUCUACCUUCAGGACAUCCGGGAUCACAUCAAGGCAGGCAUUGCCACGUACGCCUCCUGGUCCUUUAAGAUGACCGUCCAUGUAAUCGGCGGCGAGGGCUGUCGCUGUUUCGGCGAUGCCAUGCGUGACCUGGACGCCAAGGCACUCAUUCGUGGCAACUUUAUUCUUCUGGGCGCUGAUACGGUGACGAAUGCCGAUCUGCGUCCAGUGCUGGAGCAGCACAAGCGUCAGGCCAAGUUCGACAAGGGCACCGCCGCCACUCUGGUGUUCAAGGAGUGCUCCAACAACCUACGGACCGGCAACGAGGUACUGAUCGCCGUGGAUCGCCGCAACGAUAGGCUGCACUACCACCAGCGGCUGAGGAUGCACCAGAAGGAGCCGCGCUACCAAAUACCGCUGGACGUCUUUCUGGGCAACUCGUGUGUGGCGCUGCACCACAACCUUCUCGAUCCGCAGAUUGCCAUUGGCUCGCCUUCCAUGCUGUCGCUGUUCAGCGACAACUUCGAUUUCCAGACGCGGGAUGACUUUGUGCGAGGCCUGCUGAUCAACGAGGAGCUGCUGGAUAGCAGGAUAUACGUGGCCCUGCUGCCGACCGCCCAGUACGCGCACAAGGUGAACAACUGGCCGUCCUACCAGCUGGUCAGCCGGGACAUAAUCAACCGGUGGGCCUACCCGCUCGUUCCUGACAUGGGCGUCUACAAGCUGCAGCAGCAGUACGUCUUCCACAAGGACAACAUAUAUAAGAGCCACGGGGCGCAGGUGUCGAAGGUGGCGCUCCAGCAGAACGUGGUCAUCCAGGCGGGCAGUCAUGUGGACAGUGGGUCGGUGAUCAGUGACAGCGUGAUCGGGGCCAACUGCCGCGUCGGGAAGAACUGCCGGCUGACCAAUGUGUUCCUUAUGGCCGAUGUCACCGUGAAGGACAACUGCCGGCUGGAGCAUUGCGUGGUGGGUGCGGGCGCCACCAUUAACGAGAACUGCGACGUGAGCGCGGGCUGUGUGCUGGGGGCGAAGAGCGUGCUGCCUGCCAAGACAACGCUGACAAAGACUCUCGUCACCAGCACGCCCAGCACACAGCGCAGUGAGGAGGAGAUUGCAGUGGAACUGGAGUCUAUUGGGCCACAUGCCUUCAUUGUCAGCGAUUUGACAACUGGUGAUCCCGAGGACUCGGAUGGCGAGGAUCUCUUGCCACAGCAACCACUAAGCAUACCCAAAAUGGGCGACCUGCUGGCGCCGCUGGACGAGAUCAGUUACUGCAGCGACCUCAGCGAGGACGACGAGGAUGGCUCCCGAGCGGUGACGCCCCUGCCCGAUGACACAAACAUUUUCCUGGGCGAGGUGAUCGAUUCCUUGACGCGGGGCUUCCGGGAGAAGUCGAAUCCCGACUUCCUCAUCCUCGAAAUUAACUCCUCGCGCUACGCGUACAACAUGUCCCUCAAGGAGGUUAACUUUAAUGUGGUCAAGGCAGUAUUCGGCAUGCAGAGCAUCCUGGAACCGGCGAACAACAACGUUCUAGUGGCCAUAAGUGCCGCUUUUAAGCAACUGGGACCGGUUGUCUCCAACUACAUUAAGAGCGAGGAUUCCAUGCUGGAUUGCCUCAAGGCGCUGGAGGAUGUGUACGAGGAAAAUGCUCUGGUGCGGGAGAAGAUUUCGCAGAUUGUCCACUACCUGUACGACAAAGACUUCGUGUCCGAGGAUGCCAUCCAGGCCUGGUUCGAGCAGUUGGACGAGGAGGAGCAUGCGCAUCUGCGCCAGAGCCUGGCAAAGCUCGUGGCUUGGCUGGAUCAGUCCAGUGAAGAGGAGGAGGACGACGACGAUGAGGAGGAUUAAGAAAUGACGGCCCCCAUUUUUCACUUUUUUUAAUCCAGCGACUCUCCUCUUCUAGUUGUUAAAGUGCGAACCAUGAAAUGGUUCACCAAAACAAAUAAAUAAAAAAUGUAAUUAAUGCAAA